AUGUUUGUGGGAAUCCAUAAAGAUACUUUUAUAUCUUUUCACUUGUCCCAGAGAGUUUGGAUAGUCAAUGGGGAUUUCAAUGAAAUUACCUUCCCGUUUGAGACUUCUAAUCCAACUUGUCAUCGGUCUACUAGAGGUAUGCAAGAUUUCAGGGAUUGUUUGGCUGUUUCAGAGCUGUUUGAUCUCCCUUUUCAAGGUCCGCGUUUCACCUGGUCAAAUCACAGAACAGAGGACCCCAUUGCAAAGAAGCUUGAUCGAUGUCUGAUUAAUGGUGCAUGGCUUCAUCGUUACCCGGCAAGCCAUUGCUUCUUUGAAUCUCCGGAGUUUUCUGAUCAUUGCCCAUGCCUUAUCCGCCUAUCAUCUCCAUCUCCGUCUUUUGGCUCCCACCCUUUCAGGUUUUUAAACCUCAUGACUAAGCAUCCGUGGUUUUUAGAGACGGUUCAUCACUUUUGGAAUGAGGCAGGCAAUUUAGCCUUGAAUCUUAGAGAUUUCAGCUUUAAGUUGAAACAAUCAAAGAGACCUCUGAAAUCUCUGUUUCAAGAGAACUACAGUGAUAUAGAGAGAAGAGUCUCUGAAGCUUCUUCUGUCCUUUCUUCUCUUCAACUGAUUUCUCUGAAUGAUCCCUCUGAGGCUAAUCUUUUGUUGGAAUCAGUGGCUAAGCUUGCGUACGGCUGA